UACAUGGAUACAGUAGAUAUGAUCUUCGAACGUCAUUCGACAUAUUGCAUUGAUUCUGAAGCUAGAUCAAGCAGGACAGUGCAUCAUUAACGUUCUGACGAACUUCUUCGCUGAAAAUGAAGCUGUUGUUUUGGUCACUACUGCUGCUGAUGAGUUUAGGGGGGUUUCAGUCCUGUAUUGGCGCACGGUUUCUCGUCCCGUCUGUAACGUUACUGCGCACACCAAGCCACCAAAUGACACUUUCCACCAUAACUCAAGCCCUGGUGCAGCGAGGUCAUGAAGUGAUAUUUCUCAUCAUUGAUAACCAGGGAGUUGGUGGUUUCCUGCCAGAUUCCUACACGUCAAAGGUUAUACUUCCGAAUCCCAUGACGGACCAAGAUUUACAGGAGUUUUCUGAUUUCAUAAACUCCGUGACGGAUUGGACUAAUGUGACAAAGCUGGAAGCAUUGAAGGACCCACGUCCAUGGAAAUUAAAAGAGUAUGCUAAUUUUGGGUGUAGUGUUUUGUUUGAGAAUACAGCUAUUCUUGAGCAACUGAGGCUUUCAAACUUUGAUGAACUUAUAACGUACCCCGCCGUGGAUGUCUGUGAUACUCUUCUUGCGGCCUACUUGGAUAUACCAUUCAUCGUUGUAACAGGAACAAAAAGAGUUCCGGCCUUUCACGAAGGGAUGCUAGGUAUUCCAUCCCCAGUUUCCUAUGUGCCUUUCAGUAUAUUAUUCACACCAGAGCUGGGACACCGAAUGACUUUCUUUGAACGGGUGACAAAUACAGUAAUGUUCUACGGUUUACAUAAUGCAAUUGAAUACCUCACCGUCUAUCGUCAUCUACGUCAUCUUCAACGAACCUAUGGUAUUCGACCAGACCUGACUCCAUGGCAGAUCAUCAGUAAAGCAGAUCUUUGGUUGUGCCAUAACACUUGGGCUCUUGAAUAUCCGAGACCUAUAGCUCCGAAUUGGAUCCCUAUAGGAGGACUUACCAUCAAGGAGCCCAGACCUCUCCCGGAGGAUCUAGAAAGAUUUAUUCAAGGAUCUGGAGACCAUGGUUUUAUUGUAUUUACUUUGGGAUCUAUGGUUAAUGGUCUUCCUAGUGACGCCCUCAACGAUAUAAUUUCAAAAGUGUUCAGCGAAUUGCCACAGAGGAUACUGUGGAGAUAUUUGGGGGAAAAGCCCCGUUACCUAGGCAACAAUACAUUGAUCUCGGAAUGGCUUCCACAAAAUGACCUUUUGGCUCAUCCUAAAGCUCGUUUACUGAUUUACCAUGGGGGUAGUGCGGGGGUCUAUGAAGCAAUGAACUACGGUGUUCCGAUGCUCCUCAUGCCACUGGGCUUUGAUCAGUUUACAAAUGCGCAUCAGGUAGCAGCGAAAGGGAUGGGCUUUGCGUUGGACGUGACUGAUUUAAGUGAACACGAGUUUGGGACGAGUAUUAACAAGCUUCUCAAUGAUAAAAGCUACAUGAUAAGUGCGCAACGGGCUUCGAGUAUCAUGCGAGACCAACUAGCCAGCCCUCUGGAAACGGCUGUAUUCUGGAUAGAACACGUGAUCAAGUUUGGUGGAGAUCACCUUCGCCUUCGUUCUACUGAAAUGGGAUUCAUUGAACUCAACUCACUCGACGUAGUCGCAUUUCUAGUCGUUUUAUCGCUUAUCCUUCUCUACAUUGAUUACUUAGCGCUUAGGGGAUGUUACAAAUGUGUAUGUAGAAAUAUGAAGAAACAAAAAACUGAUUAG